AUGGGCCGCCGCUGGCUGCAGAUGCAGAUGCAACUCAUGCAGCUUGGUCUGGGUAGUCUGGUAGUCUGGGUCUGGUUAUUCUGGGGCUUGGGUGUGUUGACUGGAGCAGGGGAGAGCAGCAGGCCAGCAGCUAUCUCGCCCCCAGGAUCUCACCCUGGUCAUGAUCACGACCAACAGCAACUACACUGUGUCAUUGAGAGAGUUGAUUCGAGGUUUUUCGAGAUUUGGACUCUCUCGUCAUAUUUUGAGAGAAGGAAGCGAUAUCCAGAUUGA